ACCUGUCGCUAAAGGCACAUAUUCCCAUUCCACUUCCUCGAUCUUCCAUAUCACACCUUACAUUUCGAGUGUGUCAAAAACUCAUGGAAAGACACUACCACGAAAAUUAGUUCAAUCCAAAACCAAAGACUAGUAGUUGAAUCUCCGCAUAAAUCCGCACCACACUAACCCAGUAAAACAUUCUCCAUCUAUCACUCACCCACCACCAACACCACUCUCUCUACCAUUUCUUCAAUGGCCGCUGCCGGCGAUCACUCCGACGUCGAACACGUCUUCCGCUUCUUCCGCGUCCACAAAGACGGCACCAUCCACCGAACCCAUCAAUCCUUCGACAAAAUCCCAGCCGCCGACGACCUAACCACCGGCGUCCGCUCCAAAGACGUCACCAUCUCCACCGACCCACCAGUCUCCGCCCGCAUCUUCGUCCCCAAAUCCGCCGACCCGACCCGAAAACUCCCCCUCCUCUUCUACGUCCACGGCGGCGGCUUCUGCAUGCAGUCCGCCUUCUCCUCCAGAUACCACGGCUACGUCUCCACCAUCUGCUCUUCCGCCGACGUCAUCGCCGUCUCGGUCGAGUACGGACUCUUCCCGACCCGGCCCAUACCCGCUUGCUACGAGGACUCCUGGGCCGCUCUCCAAUGGGUCGCGGCUCACGCGAACGGAACCGGGUCGGAUCAAUGGCUAAACGAGUACGCCGACUUGAACCGCGUGUUCAUCGGCGGGGAAAGCGCGGGAGGGAACAUAACACACACUCUGGUGUCCCGGGUCGGAUCCGUCGGGUUACCCGGAGUGAAAGUGGUGGGGGCGAUUCUAUCGCAUCCCUACUUCGGCGGGACCGAUGAUGAUAAGAUGUGGCUUUACAUGAACAAGGAGAAUGAAGGGUUGCAGGAUAGGAGGCUGAAGCCGGCCGCGGAGGAUCUGAGGCGGCUCGGGUGUGAGAAGGUGCUGGUGUUUGUGGCGGAGCUGGAUCAUUUGAACGGAGUGGGGAAGAGUUAUGUGGAGGAGCUGAAGAAGAGUGGGUGGAAAGGGAGUGUGGAGAUGAAGGAGAAUAAGGGGAAGGACCAUUGCUUUCAUUUGCAUGACACAAAGGAUGAGCAGGCUGUGGAUUUGGUGAAGACAGUAUGUUCUUUCAUUAAUUCAUAGGUUGAUUUCAGAGUUGUCAGCAUUAUACAUGUACUACUGUCUUGUUUCUCCUUGACAAAUAAUAAGGAUUAUGAGAGAUUUGGGGACAUAAUACUUUCCCAGGCUCAUCUACUUAUAGCAACCAAAGGAAGUUUGGAUCGAUUCAAACUUUUGAUCGAGUUUGGAAUCAAUCGGUAACUUAUGUUUAUUCAUGGAGAACUUAAAUUCGAGAUCUUACUGUUUA